UCUGCAUGUUAGCACGGUUAAAGCUGUUGAAAGGGACCAUGGCAGCGGCUGCUAAUGCUACAUGAUCUCGGUUGGACUUACACCUCCAGGCCGUGCUGGCUUAAGGACACACAGAGACACAGGCUUUAGCAAAUGAUUUGAGAUGACAUAUUUCGCUCCAUGGAUCUUGUUACCUUAACUUGGAGUUUGCGGGGAUGUCCAAAGGGAUUCCAUUUGGAUUUGAUGGCAGAAGUAUAAUUCAAAGCACAGUUUAACUUUUAACAAGACAGAAUGGCAGAUGAUCCAGGAUCCAGCCCUAGUCUUCACAUCCCUUCCAAGAGGCCCAAAGUCACCAACAAUGGGACUUCAGUGCAGGACCCCGCUCCUCCAGUCUUCACCCGUAAACUCCGCAAGGCAGCAGUAGGGACAGGCUGUGAUAUCCGCCUGAGGGUGACAGUGGCAGGAUUUCCAAAACCUGCUCUGACCUGGUACCACAACGAUGAGCUCAUUUCUCCAUCUGAAGCCCAGGAUUCUGGUGGACUGUGGAUACGGGACUGCCGCACGAGUGAUGCCGGAUUAUAUACCUGUGUGGCAACAAAUGAGCUGGGAGAGGCAAACUGCAGUGCUGUGUUGGCUGUUAUGGACCUCGGUGAAGAGAACUGGCCAUUCCACACGGACAUUUGGCAGAUUUACCCAUGCGAAGUUUUCCGCUCCUGCCGAAAGCAAAGCUAUGACUCUGAGACCACAGAGGAUGAGACCACAGAACCACAGAUGGAAACCAAAGAGGGGCCUGGGAGGCACCAAGACAAGACUGGCCGCAGAGGACCUUCAGGUGAAGGAGGUCGGAUGAUGGACUACAACCCAGAUGCUUCUGACCGCAGGGCCACCCUCCCUGGAACUUAUGACCCCGUUGUGGAGCGAGAGCUUCGUGCUCUGGGCUCACGUCCCCCAGGGCCCCACUUGGACCCCUCAAACCUGGCCAGGCAAGCCCUCAGUGGGGGACCUGCCGAAGGGGCCCCCCCUGUCCGUCACCUGGGUGUGGAACCGCUGAUCCGGGCAUCUCACGCUAACCUGGCCCGGCCUGUUCAGGGCUCAGAGGAAAGUGUAUCUGUAGGCAGCGACUACUAUGGGAGCAUGUUCAGCCUCUACAGAGGGAGGACAUUUUCCAUGCCGUUAUAUUUCCAAACCUCCAGCUGCAGCUUUAACUUCACACCUUCAUUUCCCCUCAACCCUCACCUGUUUAGGACUCAAACUGCUGACGAGCCAUCCCCCAAUUCACACAAAAACAGCAGCCCGAACCAGGAUCCCCAUUCAUCUACAUCAGGCCAGGCCUCUAAUGCUAACAGUGUUGUCAUGACGCCCAAAAUGGCUCGAGCGGGGCCUAAGAUAUUUGACAAGGUCCGGGCUUUUGAGGAGCGGAGGGCGAGCGCGGACCUCAUGGAGGGAUCCAUUUCAGGGUUGAGACGGGCACCUUCCUGUGACUCAGACGACAGCGGGAAGAAGACACGAGGCCCGAGCAAAGAGGAGGAGAAGAUGCUACAAGACGCUGCCCACAAGCGUUCAGCGUUCAAGCAACGGGCCUCCUCUCUGGAGGACAAGACGAGCUACUCUCAGAAGGUCCAGAGCUACCAGAGCAAGUUCGCUGAAGAGCUCCAGAGGAUUAAAAAGCUUGUGGGGAAGCCGAGCUUGAAGAAGGCGUACUCCACAGAGCAGCUGCCCGAAAAGGAGAGGGUGACCGCUGGCAAGCUGGAACCUAUCCCUCCCCAGGUGAUUAAAAAGCUUGAGGCCAGAGAGCGAGCCCUGGAGCAAAGAAAUGCAAAGGAGAGAGACGGGCCGGGCCACAAGAGUCACCCUGAAAAGAAGAUGACACAGCCGGACUCACAGGGGAAAGCAGUGGAUAGCUCAUCACAAGGAAGCACGGGGAAAAUCUCUGUUACCAUGGAGACAGCACCAGUUCACCAGUUACCAGGGCAACCAUUGCCAACAGCCAAGAGGACAAGCCUCACAAGGGAAAUAGUACAAAGCUCUGGCACAGACGCACUUGUUGCCACCCCCCAAAAACCAUUAUCUCUGUCCAGAGACACAAUGAUGGACACCAAAGCAGAGCACACAUCACCCAGCCCGGCUGGCAAAAGAGCAUCCCCCGUCACCGUUAGAGAGUCUACAUCCCAGUCCCAUCCGUCCAAACCCCCCAGGCUCACCCCGUCACCCACCCCUCAAAUCAGCCCUCUCAUGAAAAGGAGAAAGGCCGAGGCAGGGGGAACGUCUCCCAGCCUGAAGGUGACCAUCCCCACCAUCCUGGUGGAGGAUGAGCCCAUGGAGGUAGAGUGUGACGCAGACAGAGACAGGACCACAAGGAGACAGAGGAGAAGCAAGAGAGGUCAUUCUGCCAAGACACGUUCUCCAGAAGAAGGGGGCUCAUCCGAUGACUCCUACAUGUCUGCUGACGAGGAGCCAGCUGAGGGCCCCAGCUUUGAGAAGCCUCUUGAGGACGUAACAGCGCCCAGCGGCUCCAAGGUCACGCUGAAGUGUAUCAUUUCUGGCUGCCCGACGCCUACAGUGACAUGGAGGAAGAGUAAUGUAGAGAUCCGGAGCGAUGCCUUCCAUACGGUGACAGCUGAGGGUGAGAGGCACAGUCUGACCAUAAAGCAGAUGAGGCCAAACAACGCCGGCUCAUACUCAGUUACAGCUGACAACGCGGCGGGCAGAGCAUCGUGCAGCGCCACAAUCUACAUCCAGUCAGAGCCAACCCAUAUGCAAUAUGGGGAACAAGCCGUGUCCAGGGGAGUCAGUGGUCCGACACAGUCCGAUGAGGAGUACCUGAUCCCUCAGGAGGAGGGCAUGGAAGUCAGCGCCCCGUCGACUCCGAGUAAAAGAGUGCACUUCAAAGAACCGCCCUCAUUUCAGGUGGCACCAUGUGAUGCUAGGGUAAAAGAAGGCCAAGAUGUGGUCAUCUCAGCAAAAGUCAGAGGGCAGCCCACACCCAUGGUUUACUGGUUGAAGGACGGAGUCACAAUAAAGACGGCAGGGCGCUUCCAUGUGCGACAGACCGACGAUGGCUCCAGUGAAAUGAGCAUCAGCUCAGCCCAGAGGUCAGACGCCGGCCUGUACGUCUGCAAGAUCACCAACGAAUAUGGAUUGGAGCAGACAGAGUGCAGACUGGAGGUCAUCGCAUCUACAGCUCAGAAAAUACUGAAAAUCAUACGAAACACUAAAGAUGUGGCUGUGAGGGCAGGAGAGUCGGCCAUGUUCGAGUGUCACAUCACAGGACCUCUGGACGUUGAUGUGGACUGGUUGUCCAAUGGGAAGCUGAUCCAGCCGGCUCUCCUCAACUGCAAGAUGCAUUUUGAUGGCAAGAGGUGUCGCCUCCUGCUGAAUUCAGUCCAUGAGGAUGAUAGUGGGACAUACACUUGCAAACUGAGUACAGCCAAAGAGGAGUUGACAUCAAGUGCAAACCUGAAGGUUACCCCUUCCAAGGAGCCUCUGUUCACUCGCAAACUGGACAUCCUGGAGGUCAUUGAAGGUCGUACAGCCAGGUUCGACUGUAAAGUCAGUGGAUCACCUGCACCACGAGUCACAUGGAUGCAUUUUGAGACACAAGUAGAGGAGAGUGAGAACAUUCACAUCCUGCAAGAGGGGGGCCGUCACUCACUUGUCAUCACCCACGUUAGCAGUGACACAGAGGGCUUCUACACAGCAAUCGCCCAGAAUGUUUAUGGAAAAUCUGAAUGCACUGCUGAGCUGUACAUGCAAGAACCCCGAGCUGCCAUCACUUCACACAUGACCAAAUUAGAAAAGAUGCCAUCUAUCCCUGAGGAGCCUGAGUCAGUGGAGAGCGAGGUGGAGAAGAGGAGCAUGCCGGACUUUGCCAGACCUCUUGCCGAUGUGGAGGUGAUCGAAGGGAAAGAGGCCGUGUUGAAAUGCACAGUGACCGGCUUACCCUACCCGGCCAUCACCUGGUACCACAACAGCAAACAAAUCGAGAGCAGCGAAGAACGCAAAAUGACCCAGCACAGGGAUGUCCACAGUCUGGUCAUUCGGAGCGCUUGUCACGCUCAUGGAGGCGUCUACAAGGCCGUUAUUUCCAACAAAGUGGGCAAAGCCGCCUGCUACGCACAUCUCUAUGUAACAGACAUCAUUCCUGAUCCACCGGACGGCCCUCCAGAAAUAGAGGCCAUUACAGGGAAAACUAUAACCCUCAGCUGGAAGAAACCAAAGAGGAUCGACCCAUCAUUGGAUGCUGGAUCUUUGCUGUAUGUGGUUCAGCAGCAACCUCUGGGCUCUAUCCAGUGGUCUGUGGUGGCAUCAAACCUGAGGGAGACCAGCUACACAGUCACCUCCCUGUCCAAGGGAGUCCGAUACGCUUUCAGAGUCCUGACAUCCACCGGCAAGACAUUCAGCAAACCAUCAACCUCCACUGACUUGGUCCAGCUCCUGGACAGAGGACCUUAUUUAAGGAAAGCACCAGUCAUCUUGGAUAAACCUGACAUUGUGUAUGUGGUUGAAAGCCAGCCUGCGAGCAUCAUCAUCACACUGAACCAUGUGCACGCAGCUGUCACCUGGAAAAGGCGGGGCGUGGUUUUGGUCAACAGGCCGGGGAUGUAUGAGCUCAGCAUGCCAGAUGAUGACCACCACAUGCUGAAGCUUCAGCGGGUUCGGAGCACAGACAUCGGCCAGCUGGUGGUCACGGCCAGUAACCAGUUUGGCAGUGACCUCUGCACGCUUCAGCUGGCCAUGGCAGUACCACCUAAAUUUGAAAGCAUCAUGGAGGAUGUGGAUGUGAAUGUGGGGGAGACGUCUCGCCUGGCUGUUGUCGUUGAAGGGAAACCAGACCCAGAUAUUCUCUGGUAUAAGGAUGAUGCAAUUCUGUCGGAGAGCGGCCACUUCACAUUUGUAUAUGAUGACCCUGAGUACUCCCUUGUGGUCCUCAAUGCCCAGCAGGAACACUCUGGUGUGUACACCUGCACUGCAAAGAACCUGGCCGGAUCCAACUCCUGCAAAGCUGAACUCACAGUUCACACAGAGCGAAAAGAAGCAGUAGAGCCAAUGGAAGACGAGGGAACCAUUCUGAGGAAGAUGAGACGUUUGACAGAUUACUAUGACAUCCACAAAGAGAUAGGGAGGGGGGCCUUCUCCUAUGUGAAGAGGGUGACUCAGAAAAAAGGUAAAGAUGCUUUUUCUGCAAAGUUCAUUUGCGCACGGGGUAAGAGGAAAGCCUUGGCCCUCAGAGAGAUGGACCUGCUGUCUGAGCUGGACAAUGAGAGGAUUCUCUAUUUCCAUGAUGCCUUUGAGAAGAAGAAUGUGGUGGUGAUCAUCACGGAGCUAUGUCACGAGGAGCUGCUGGAAAGAAUGGCCAAAAAAACUACAGUCAUGGAAGUGGAGAUCCGCUGUAGUGUUCAGCAGGUUUUGGAGGGUCUUCGUUAUCUUCACCAGAAAAACAUUGCUCACCUUGACAUAAAGCCUGAAAACAUUUUAAUGUCCAGCGCCAGCAGUGACCAGAUCCGCAUAUGUGACUUUGGAAAUGCCAUAAAACUGGAGACAUCAGACGAGCACUACUGCAAAUACGGCACGCCAGAAUAUGUUGCACCAGAGAUUGUUAACCAAACUCCUGUCUCCACGGCAACAGACAUAUGGCCUGUGGGUGUCAUCACUUACCUGUGCCUGACUGGUGUGUCCCCUUUUGCUGGAGAGAAUGACAGAGCCACCGCUUUAAACAUUCGGAACUACAACGUGGCAUUUGAGGAGAGCAUGUUUUCUGAUUUCUGCAAAGAAGCAAAGGGAUUUGUCAUCAAGCUUUUAGUAGUGGACAGGCUGAGACCCAGUGCCAUUGAUUGUCUUCGCCAUCCGUGGUUCAAGUCACCCACAAACAAAAGCAUCAACACAGCUAUGUUGAAGCAAGUUUUGUCCAGAAGGCGAUGGCAGCGUUCCCUUAUCAGCUACAAAUCCAAGAUGGUGAUGCGUUCCAUCCCAGAGCUGCUGAAUGACUCAUCCAGUCAUGUCUCCAUCGCUGUGGCCCGGCAUCUUAAAGAAGGCUCUCCACCACCGUCCUCUUCCUCUGACUCCGAUGCAGAUGUGGAUGAGCUCCCCUUCAUUCCAAUGCCACUGUCCAUGGUGUUUUCUGGUUCUAGAGUCUCCCUUAAUGAGAUCCCAGGGGACGAAGAUGCUACAGGAUGGCCCGGUGUUCCUGCUGAUGGGAAAAAUAGAAAGGAAAACAUGGGGGGAGCAGGUGCAAACACAGGAGCUACGAAGAAGAUAAAAGAUGAAGAGGAAACUCCAAAUGCAGAGAAGAUGGAAAAGACGAGACGGGCUCCUCUUAAAAAAGGCUCAAGUGUGGAGUCCGAUGAAUCGCAGACGAAAGCCAGACGGGCCACCAUGAGGAGAGGUAGCUCUGCUGAUUCUGCUCUGCUCCUCCACAUUGACCCAGAGGAGGGAAAUGCUAAGGAAGACAUAGAAGCAAGUAACAAGAGCCUGAAAAAGGCUGUUUCUAUGGAGCUACCCAACCGUAGCCCAAGCCCUGGGGCAGCUAAACUAAGCCAGGAGGAUUACGCCCUUAAACUGGAACUGAUGAGGCAGCGGCUGCUCAGGGGGGGAAGUAUGGACAAGAAGAUGAGUGGCCUACGAGGGCCUUUGUUUGAAACACUAGGCAUGGAAGACGAGAAGAGAACAGGGUCACUCGAUCGGAACUUGAGGAGAUCCAGAGCAGGACCAUCAACACUCACCAGAGCAGCAUCUUCUGAGAAUCCCACAGAGGAUAUGCCAAAGACCAAAGUAUUCAGAAAAAGUGCUUCCUUUACUCAGGAAGAUUCUGAGCCCAUGCCCCUGCAUCGCAGAUUCGGAGCUCCCCUAGAGAUACCGUCAGUGGGCAAUGGUAACAUGGAAGGGAAAAAGCUUCAGGAGGCAACCUCAAUGUCUGCACUUACAGAACAAACAAUAAUAGAGUCUGCAUGUGUCACACCCACAGAGAAAACUUUUGGAAGAGUGGACCAACAGAACAGUCUGAAGGAACUGGAGAAUCUACAAGGUAUGAAUGAGAAGAACAUAGAUCAGAUAGCUGAGGGCAGGACCAAAACACAGUCAGGUAAAGAAUCAGAAUCUAGAUCAGCCUCGAUAAUUACUCCUAUAAUUGUUAUUGAAGAGGACGAUGAUAAACAACGGAAGAAAAAAAGUCAGGACUUACGUUUUAAUAAAAAAGAAGUAAAUGGAGAUUCUGCAGGAGUUAAACCACAAACUAGUGAACCAUUAAAAUCUGACCAGUCCAAAGAUCGUGCUGCCAGUUUCACCUCUAGUGGUACAAAACCCACUGACAGCCCUGCAUCACCUGAACAUCCAGCUGUAUUCGCCAAAAUAGCAACUGGCGACCGGUCACCUCCCGUAUCCUCAUCAUCCAACCCUGAGCUCCCUGCUAUCCAUCAGCCUGUGCUCAGAACAGACAUCAAAGACAUUGACUCAGAGGAGAUCUUUGAAGCCAGGUUUAAGAAACGCGAGUCUUCUUUGACACGCGGCCUUCGAAAACUGACGAGGAACAAAUCUGAGGAGAAAUCACCUGUGUUAAGCAGGAAAGUGAGCGAGGGAGGGGAAGAGGUUUACAGGCCAGGGCCAAGAGGAGCGCCUCUGGAGAUGGUACCCAAAGGACUACAAGAAAAGUCCAAAUCCGUUCAAGACUUGAGGGAAGAAGAUAAAGAAACAGGCCUUGGUCUUAUUGGGAGGUUGUCUUUGCGGGCAAAGAGAUCAGCAUCCACUGACAAAAAGGGUGAGAAAGUGAAAGACGAAAAGCAGCAGGAUGUACAAGAAACCGCUGCAAGCAAACGGGUUUCUUGGGCUAUUGGUCGCAGUAAAUCCCUUGAUACAGGGGCACAGAAGCAGCUAGAGGAGAAAAAAGCUGAGGAGUCUUCAGUUUCUGCAAUGAGGCGCAAGUUUGAGUCCAAAGUGGCAGGAAUCUCUGCCAAAAUACGGUCCCAGUCAGAAGAGAGGAAGGAGAAAGAUGCUGAGGGAAGUCAGAAGGAGCUGGCACAAAAGGAUUCAAAGAAGGUCCCAGAUUCCCCAGUCCUCGCAAUGCGUCAGAAAUUUGAGACCAAAGUGGCUGGAAUAUCCCAAAAAAUCCGCAGUCAGUCUGAGGAGAGAAAAGGGGAGGCAGAAGGGAAGAGGACCCCCCUGUUCACCCGCCAUCGUCAUUCUCAGUCUGAGGGCCGAGGCCUGAAAGGAAUGGGCAUCCCAGAGAACCAACUAGCAAAACAGACCGGCGGCGGAGCAUCCAAGGAAUCUAUUGAAUCCACUUCCAGCGUUCAUUCCGAAAAAGCACCCGAGAGUGACAGGCGAUCGCGGUGGGACCGUUGGGGGUUGACAAGGAGCAAGAAAGACCGAACCUCCUCCCAGUCUGACGUACCUUCAUCUGUCUCCAAAGAGGAGGGCUUGUCACACUCCCAGCAGUUCAUCCGCUCGGCUUCAGAUUUCGCUCCUGUGUUCCACAUCAAGCUGAAAGACCACAUUUUACUGGAGGGGGACCCUGUCACUCUGAGCUGUCUUCCAGCUGGCAGCCCUCACCCAGAAAUCACAUGGAUGAAAGAUCGAAAACCGUUGGAGCUGGAUGACAGAAUGAACCUGAUUUCCCACCCAGACGGCAGGCAGCUUCUUACGAUCAUGAAAUCAAGCCGGAAGGACGCUGGUUUUGAAUGUGUGGCUACCAACGCGAUAGCUACCAUCACCACCUCCUGCACGUUAUCGAUAGCUUGUGUCCCAAAGCGCCCUGGGACGCCCGAGGUCCCCCAGACGUAUAACAACACUGCCCUGGUGCUUUGGAAACCCGCAGACACAAAGCCUCCAUGCAGUUACACCCUGGAGAAAAAGACAGAAGGAGAUUUUCGAUGGCUCAUCGUAGCCGCUGGAGUUGUGGACUGCUACUACAAUGUGACAGACCUGCCACCAGGAGGUACCUUCAGGUUCCGUGUGGCCUGUGUCAACAAGGCAGGACAGGGGCCGUACAGUAACCCAUCUGCUCCAGUCAACCUGGACUCCACAGCUGGAGGGGCUUCACCUCCAGUGGCCAUUGUAAAGACAGUCCCACCCACUCCUGAAUCAGCGGCCCCCUCCUCAGUGACCGUCCCCCCUUUCAAACCCCUUCAAAAUGCCGCUCCCAGGACCACCGUCUCCACCGUCACCUCUACAUCCACCCCUCCUAAAGACACAGCCUCUCCUCCAGCUCCAUCACUGCCAUCCAAAAUGAUAGUGACCCCCACCCCUCCAUCGUCUGCACCCUCCAGCCUGACAUCAGCCCCUAUGUCUCCACCUGUGGCCCCGACUGAGAAGAAUCAAAAAAUGAGCUCCAACCGUCCAUCUCCACCCCCAGUUAAAGCCCCUCCUCCGUUUGUCAUUGCAAAGGCACAGAGUCCAGUUAAUGUGGUGACUCCUCUGACCCAGACCCCCCCCAUAUCCACCUCACCCACUAUCGUCACCCCACCCUCGACCCCGACCAAACCAGCAUUGGCCUCAGUGCCCACAUACAUCCCCACCCAACCAAUCUCUGCCUCUGUGGCCCCCACCCCAGCGUCUUUUACCCCACAAGUGCUUCAGUCAUCCAGCCUGAGCCCGAUUGCUGAUGGGGUCAGUACCCCCACCAGAGGUACCCCGUCAGGACGAGCCACACCCUCUACUGCUCUGCGACAGGGGGUUCCACAGAAACCAUAUACUUUCCUCGAUGAAAAGGCCAGGGGUCGUUUUGGAGUCGUCCGCGAGUGCAGAGAGAAUGCAACGGGCAAAAUCUACAUGGCAAAGAUCAUCCCCUACAGCCAAGAGACCAAGCAGGAGAUCCUGAAGGAGUACGAGAUCCUCAAGUCCCUCCACAACGAGAAGGUCAUGGCUCUGCACGAAGCCUACGUCACACCGCGGUAUCUGGUGCUGGUAGCUGAGUACUGCACAGGCAAAGAGCUGCUGUACAGCCUCAUAGACAGGUUUCGUUACUCUGAGGACGACGUGGUGGGCUACCUGGUCCAGAUCCUUCAGGGAGUUGAGUACCUGCACAGCCGCCGCGUCCUCCACCUUGACCUCAAGCCCGACAACAUCAUGGUGACCAGCCUGAACGCCAUCAAGAUCGUGGACUUCGGUAGCGCUCAGAGCUUCAACCCUCUCAGUCUCAAACACCAAGACUCAGGACUGGGAACACUGGAGUACAUGGCUCCUGAGAUGGUGAAAGGUGAAGUGGUCGGUCCUCCUGCAGAUAUCUGGACUGUUGGAGUCGUCGCCUUCAUAAUGCUCAGUGGAUGUCUUCCCUUUGAAGACAGAGACCCUCAGAAAGUGGAAUCCAAAAUCCUGGUCGCAAAGUUCGACCCAACCAAACUAUACCCUAAUGUGUCCCAAAGUGCCUCAACCUUUCUCAAGAAGAUGUUGAGCAGUUACCCUUGGGCGCGUCCGACUACACGAGACUGUUUCACACAUGCUUGGCUACAGGACUCGUACCUGAUGAAGCUGCGGCGGCAGACCCUCACCUUCACCACUAGUCGGCUCAAGGAGUUCCUGGUGGAGCAGCAAUGCCGCCGCACAGAGGGCGCCACCAAGCACAAGGUGUUGCUUCGCACCUAUCAGGGCUCACCCCAGUCCUCUGCUUCUGGGACUGCACAGCCUGUUCCAAGCCCAAAGUGAGAUAAAAAGGACCCAGCUUUUGUUUGACAUUCAACUGCAGUACUUGACAUCAGUUUGGAGAACUGUAUUCUGCCCAUGUUGAAGACAGGCCGUCUUAAAGACAGUUGCGUCUUAAAGUAGGCUGUCUAUGAGCCAGCCUGGCCAGCGAAGUCCAGGUACAUGCACUGAGGAUGGGCAGAGAGCUGCAGUAUAAUAUCCAAAGAUCAGAGAGGAGUUAGUGUGCUCAUUUGGGAGAAUUCAACACUACUGGGAAUGUGAGAUGAGUCACAAACACAACGGGUGUGCUCAGAAACUGUGGAUUCACUGAAAGGACACGGGAUGUUCUAAGGUUUUUCUUGACUGAUUGCACAGAUACAUUUUACUUUCAUCACAUUGUGAAUUCUGAAAUUGCACAUUAAUAUUUGGUUUUUCAAAGCACUGGUCUCCACCCUGCACGAUCAGCCUGGAACAUGUGUGUCAUCGUUUGCAUUUCUACAGUGCAACCUUGUUCAUGUCACUCACAACUCAUGUGAAUGUACCAUUGUGUAAGCUGCUAUUUUCUUUCUUUCUUUUUUUUUUUUUUUUUUGCAUUUUCUGACACAUUUUGAAACUCAAUACCAAAAAUAUUCUUUUCUUGAAAUUGUUUACUUUUUCCAUGUUAAUUUAUUUGCAUGUGUGUGUGCGCAAGGAUUUUUGAUCCACUUUUCAAAUUAGUCAUGGGGCAAAAAAAACCUAGGGGAGUAUCUUUGUGAUCGAUGUUAGAACUCACACAGUGAAAUGGAUUGCUUUAGGGUGACCUAGGAAUUUGUGGUACAACUUAUUGUUCUGUGCUUGAAUCUUAAUUUAACUGUAAUACAGCUAUGAGAAGCAGUCUCUAGUGUAGAUACCGUUUUACCUGCAGAAGUCCUACACACUGGUAAAAUUGCUGUGGUUUCUCAGUAUUAACCAUCGGUUGGUCAAAGUGAUCACCCAGUCAGUGCCUAAAACCCAUUAGUAUCCAGAAUACUUCUUAUAAAGGUGUUCACUGAUUCAUAUUCACAUCUGAUAAAUAAUCUGAACAACACAAAUAUUUGAUAUUUGGGCUUCACAUCAACAGAUGCAUAUUCUACAUACAUGCAUUUCUACACGGAUACAGUACAUGCAGUCCUUGUAAUAAUAGAAUGUCUUGUGUAUUGCUCUAACAGUGUUCCUUUUUUUGUAUGAAUUUGGACGGUUGAAGAUUUGUAAAUGUACCAAUUUGCGGUGUUUAUAUGUGGAAAACGGUUCAAGAUGUUUUUAUGAGAUAGUAUGUAAUAAACUAUUGAUACAAUUGG